AUGUCGUCGAACACCACCACUGCAGGCGACAGCGGGCAUCCUAGUGCGCCCUUCAGCGUGCCCACUGCCAUCGCGCUCGGAUUGAUAGCCAGCUUCGUCCAGAGCCUCGGCCUCACCAUUCAAAGGAAGUCGCAUCUGCUCAACGAAUCACUGCCCCCUGCUCGCCGCAGAACCGAAUGGAAGCGUCCACUGUGGCUCGUCGGCUUUGCCAUCUUCUUGGUCGCAAAUGUCGGAGGCACUGUCUUUCAGAUCGGCGCGCUACCCAUCGUCAUGUUGGCUCCCUUGGGUGCUGUCAGUCUGCUGUACAAUGCUGUACUGGCACGCUUCCUGCUCAACGAUUUGCUCUCGAGAUACAUGGUCAUGGGCACAGCACUCAUCGCCUCCGGUGCGGUUCUCAUCGGCUACUUUGGCGUCGUACCUUCUCCGCCGCACAGUCUUGACGAGCUCUUGGAUCUCUACUCUCGGCCAACCUUCGUGGCAUUUGCGACCAUCUUCACUUUCGUCUUUGUUGGCGUGUUGACCGUUGCGCAUCUGACAGAUUGGCAGUUGCACACGCGCGUCCAUCGCAGCUCUCUUCCAACACGACCCACAAAGCCAAGAAGUCGCAGUGGCCACGGUCUACGAGGGCGCUUGCGUAGACGUUGGUCCGCUCCCACUUUGGCGCCCGUCGCAGAGGUCAGCGAGAGCAGUUCUGGCAUCGCAACGCCUGUACUCGCUAUUCGCGACGAAGUGAAUCGUCAUUCCACACUCGGUCACGGUCCCAGUCCUCAGCAGAACAUCCUGUAUGGCCGUAGCAUCGUCGCAACCCCGGCUCCAUCUUCGGUUGGCCAGCAACCGGCUACGCACGGCGCUGCGUCCGUUCCCAACGGUCGCCCCAAACCGGCCGAAGCACCGACCAGCACCUCGAAACGAGACUAUGGCUCGCUUGGACGCAGCGAGUCCAACGCUCGCAAGCGGAAAAAGAGCCUCGAGGUUCCGCGUCUCGAGCUGAGGGAGGCCGAACAGCGUGUCACCCCAGAGACUGUCAAGCAGACAAAGCUGGGUCUUUCGGUAGCCUACGGUGGCGCGAGUGGUACAUUAUCGGGCGCGUGCUUGCUGCUCGCAAAAUCCGGCGUCGAACUUUUGAUGCUGACGUUCUCUGGCCAAAAUCAAUUUGGACGAUGGCAAAGCUGGCUGCUCAUCGGCAUCCUCUUGGCUGCUGCACUGCUUCAGCUCUGGUAUCUCAACAAGGCGCUCAAGCUAGCGGAUCCGACGCUCGUGUGUCCGCUCGCAUUUUGCUUCUACAACACGUCGAGCAUCGCGCUUGGUCUCGUUUACUUCGAUCAGAUCGGCGCAUUGGCGUGGUACGACUUGGUGCUGGUGGCGGUGGGAACGGGUGUGUUGCUCGGAGGCGUGUGGACCGUCAGUCUGCAUGGGAAUGACGAGCCGUGUGGGGAUGGUGAGGUGUGCGGCGAGGAUGAGUCGCAACCUCUGCUGUCGUCGUACGUUGCGGAUGGUUCGCGAUCGGUUUCGGAUGCAGAUUACGGAGGACUGCUGGUGGCGAAUGGCGCCGGUCUGACGGGUCCGCAUCUGCCCCCGGUCAACGUCUCUCACCACUCGUCUUCCUUUGUUGACCAUCAGGUCGCUCCUUUAACUAGUCCCGAGGAAGCUCCGUUGACCUUGCAUCAUGACAACGGUACUGGUAGCAGCACCAGAUCUACACCUUCACUCGGCGCCGCACCACCCAAGCGUCGAUCCGCAUCUAGCAGCCACCAUGCGCCUCAACGCAGACCAACGAUCACGCUGGAGUUUCCCUUGCGCGACGACCUGUUCUCACCUAAGCACGACAACACCUUCCAAUCACCCCAAGACGUGGAAGCCAACACGUCGUCCUCGACACAUCACUCGCCCGAAUCGUCGCACCCCAACGAUCACGACCCCUCCAGCGGUAGACGAAGACCUUCGCUCUACAACAGCAUCCUCGAACACGGGUCAAUUCGAAUUGGCAGCGACCGGGUAGGCAUUUGCCUAGGAGUAUGUCGGAAGCAGAUGCUCCGGCAGGUGUUGGUGCGGAAGGACGGGGGAAAAGCUUGCGGAGCGCAGGGACGAGCGAGGGUGGGGAGAGGGAAGAUCCGAGUGCGGGGAGCAGUGGGUUUGGAAUCAUGUUGGAUCAGUUUGAUUUGA